CACGCAAGGGUACAUUUUACCCAAUUCAUGACAUCCUUCUGUUUAGUUCAUCGCAAUGGAUUUCCGAAGCUUAGACCGCAUGGGCGACUCAGAUGAAUCCAUCUUGGAUGAGCCGUAUCGCCCAUUCUAUAACAUCUUCGCUUCCAAGCCAGUGCUCGUCAAGCAAGACAACAACUACGACCGGGCAGCCUUCAAGGAGAGACCUCUGCUUGGAGUGCUGUUGUUUGACAACGUUGCUUCCGAGGCCCGAGAUAUUGCUGCUAAUGAGAGAACGUUCCUCUCGUGGCUGAAACUCAGUGUGUACAUGUCUAUUGUCGCCGUUGCAAUUAUUUUGAAUUUCCAUUUGAAGUCAAAGCCAUCAGCACUCGAGAAGAAGUGGUCCCUUCCACUGGGGAUUGUGUUCUGGUUGCUUUCGUUGGCAUGCUUGUUGUCUGGACUCUCUAACUACAUCCACACAGUCUCAGGCUACAGUCACCGACAAGCACUCGUGCAAACAGGCUGGAAGACCCAGACGGUAUUCACCAUAGUCGCAGCAGCGAUUGUGGCCACUUGUGUAUUGUUGCUUUCGACGAAUGCCCAAAAUCGGUAGUCUCAUUACAUUCAUAC